UCUUUGCCCCUCUCCCUCUCUCUCUCUACCCCUCUCCCGUCCUCAAUGUCUCCUCGCAAGCGCGAGCGAUCUCAAACCCCAAGCUCUCCAAGCUCCUCCCCCAUCGCUCCUCGCAAGCGCGAGCGAUCUCAAACGCCAAACUCCUCCUCCGAUAGCGAACAAGCCUCCUCUAAGCGCUGCCGCGUCAGUGAUCUCGCCGUCGAGGUCUGCAAAGAGUUCACUCGAAACUCUUGCAAGCGAUCCGAGAUCGACUGCAAGUUCGCUCACCCUCACUCCGCCGUCGCCGUCGUCAAGGAUAAGGUGAUUGCUUGUGCUGAUUCUCUGAGGAAUAAGUGCUAUCGAGGGAGGACGUGCCGUUAUUAUCAUCCUCCUCCUCACAUUCAACAGUCUCUGCUAAAGGCGAUCGGGGUAGAGCAUUCUGAAGUUGAGACGGUCUGUAAGGACUUCCUACGUGGUCGAUGUUUGAGAUCAGCCAGCAACUGCCGUUUUGCACACCACAUGCCGAUCGAUCAUUGUGCUGUUGUUUGCCAGGAUUUUGUACGUGGAAGCUGUGAGCGCAAAUCUUGUAGGUAUUCUCAUGUUCUGGCUGCUGAGAUACCUGAGGUUUGCCAGGAUUUUCUACGGGGAAAAUGUGAACAUAGACCUUGUAGGUACUCUCAUUUUGUAGUUCCUCAGAUGCCUCAGGUCUGCCAAGAUUUUUCACGAGGAAAUUGCGAACGGAGAACUUGUCGGUACUCUCAUGUUCUAGUUCCAGAGACAUCUCACGCUCCCCUACAACAAUGUGGAAGACCAAUGGUACGUCCUAGUUCUCCACCUCAAACUGGAAAAGGUCAGGAAAUUUUACAAGUGUGCAGAGACUUCUUAAACAAAAUGUGUAAACGAGAUUCUUGUAAAUAUGCUCAUCCUGAAUCAAAAACUAAGGUGGUAGAUAACCAAGUUGAAGUCUGUCGUGAUUUUCGUCGUGGAAUUUGCCAUCGAACUGUUUGCCGCUUUUAUCACCCGCCUGCCUCUAAGAUUACAAAGUGAAUCAGACUUGACUUCCUGCAUUAUUUUGUCUACAUAUGCUAUACAGGUUUGAGCAAAAUUUUCGAUUCUUUUUCACAUUCUUAUUUCAUGUGUUCAAAACAUAGUGUUCCUUGCAUAGUUGCAUGAAACUGGAUCCGGGCUGCUAAUGGUUGUGAGUGCAAAAUUAUAAUCUUAAUAAUUACUGAAAUCAUGCUCAGCAUGUUGCCUUUACAGUAAUAUAUUUAGGUUGGUCAAUACUGUUAGUGUUAAGUUUAUGGUAUGUUAAUGCGUGACUGAUCUUUGAUUCUUCAUCAUAUCUUUUGGUGUUUUUCAUCAAAAUGGCUUUUGUUUGAAGCUGCAAAGGAAGUACACAUAGGAAAACUAUAAUUGUAAACAUUAUCAGCAUCUGCAGCUAACAGCAGUGGGUAGGGCAUUAUGGUUCCCGUAGGAACAAAUUUUAUGUUCGUCAUCACCUAGAUGGCCCGCCCAGUUGAUGAUCCAAACCUUUCAUUUUUCUCAUCAUUCCCGUCAUAUCAUAAACAUACAUAAGAGUUAAAUUUAUGACUUCAAAGUUUUAUGUCAUAAAUUUAUGACUUCAAAGUUUUAUGUCAUAAAUCAAAUUGUUCCUUUGGUUUUGCAAGAAAAAAUAGUUCGUUUUUCAACCAAUAGAUGAAUGAGUUAGAUCUUGAUGCUACAAAUUUUUUCCCACGAGUGUUUCACAAUGUGUAGGUCAAAAUGAAUAGUGCCAAUCAUUAAUUAAGCUGACCCCAUGUUAGAGUUUGUGAAGGAGUAAACUUUAAGCUUGUUUAUAUAAGGAAUUAUAAAGUGCUUUCUCACAACCGUUAUACAUAAACCUCUAUAGUUAUAUGCCAUUAUUAUAGGUAAAUCUACCAGCAUUGAUCACUAUGUUUAUCAUUAUCAUCGUCAUUGUCACCGACUUCUCCCAUUAAAAUAGGGUCAUAGUCAAACGUCUAAAAAGCUCCACAGAAGAAUAUACUUCAAUUUUUGUGUGCGGGCGCUGCUAGCAAGAGGGGACUAUUCUGUAGAGCCAAUGAGUGUUUGCAUGUAGGUCUAUCAGUGAUAACAAAGUAGCAUUGUAAUAUCAGGCUGACGUGUACUAUGGAGCGUAUUUAACAAUUGAACCUUAACUCAAAUUGUACUUUGAUAUGCUACUGCAUAAUUCGUUAUUCUAUGACUCAUCACUCAUCAGACUAUGAAACUUUGUUUUAAAUCUUAGCGAAAACAAGGAUGGUAUUCCAUCCUUCUACUUAGAGGGAAAUAAAAUAAAAUGGAAACAGUGUGUAUGCAUUAACAGUCACAUGUAAGUAACUGCUUCAAGUGCUGUGCAUCGUGUUUUCUCACACCAGAAAACAAAAAAGGGCAAAAAAGCAUCUUGUUGCAUGUGUGCUUUUAUUAUAAACUUUUUUCUUCAUUACAGUUCUUGUGACUUCCCCUCAAGGUUAGCAGCUCCCAAUUUCUCACAGUUCAACUAAAUUAAGACUUCCCAUGCAGGUUUUUACGUCUUAGAAUCAUAUUUCAGAAAUCAUAUAUUUUAUUUCUAAUUCGUCUAUCGUAUAGGUUCUUAAGUAUGUAUACCCCAUGUCAGUUCUUCUAACUUUUAGUUGAAUGCUGGCUCUUCUUGUAAGCUGAUUGCAAGGCACCACUGCAUUUCUUCAUUCAUGUCACAACUGUUGCUAUCGCUGCUGCCGCCACUGCUGACUGUUAUCACUGCUGCCUCUGCUGCUGCUGCAGCUUUUGCUUCCUCCCAUUACUAGUAUUGCUGCUUCUGUUGCGGGUGCAACUUCUCUGCCCCUGCCUCUUGCUGAAAUUUGCUCAUGUUUUUCAUUUACCAGUCUUGUAACUUCUGAGAUUUUUUUUUCGUGCGCAAGGCGCUUACAUGUGUAUCAGAGAAGACCAGAUGUGUACUUUUGAGGAAAAAAAACUUCAACUCAUUCUCGAUGCCUCUUUUGCUCUUUACGAAAAAGAAGUGAUUGUUAUUAUUAUUA